AUGAAAGAGAAAGUGAAGAAGGAAUGGAACAAGGCAAUCUGGGAGGUAGUCUUUAAUGGAUUGAUCCUCAAAGAACGAUUCAUCAACUAUGAUCAAGGAGGCUUUAUGAGACUCACACCAUCUGGUUACCUGGCUGGUCGUGAACUCUACUUUGAGGUAAAUCCUCCUCCGCAACCCCCCGCUCUACUUGAGAAUGGAAAAAGAAACGUAUUGGAUGUGGUAUUAAUUGUCGACCCAAGAUCUCUUUGGCUCUUAAAGACGUACCCCAUGUUCCCACAGUACGAAACAAGACUCUUGCCAAACUCGAUAGAUUUCAUGUGGAUUGGCAUUGUUCAAUGUCUGAACAAUACGACUCUAGAAUUUGUCAUGGAAGCCGUCAUUCAGGUUCAAGAAUCAAAGGAUGUCAUGUCUGAACUUCGAAACCCUCACUACUUGCCGGACCUCUGCUAUGUACCGGUCAAGGACAAAACUUUGAUCAUAACUGGUUCGGACCGAGGAUCAAAGUUUGACACGUUCCGAGACAACAUGACCAAAAACAAGGGUGUACACAUAAUUGAGUCACUCGAAAUAUUGGGUGUGCUAUCUAGCUUAAAGACUAUUGACAGUGGAAUCAGGGACGGAGACAUUGCAGUGUACCUCUCUAAACUUACCUAUGACGAAUUUAUUAAAGAAUGUCUCAAUUCUAUCCCCCGUGCUCGUUAUGCCGGUCAUGUACUUGGCUUCCCUUCCAAACCUGUUGAUAUGGAUGCAAAUAAAUAA